CUGGAGAGGUUCAAGGAAAAAAAGGUGUCCACUUGCUCAGGUGCCACUUCCUCCUCCCAAGCAGAGCUCUGCGUCUGGCUGUUUGCUCAGUUCUCCAUCUGCCGCACCGAGGCGCCCGGAGAUGGCCGUUUACAGGAAGUUGCCUGUUGUUUGCGUGCAAAUUCUAAAGAUGCAAGAGAACCGGAUCAAUCCAUGUCCACUCGGAGGACUGUGAGACAGAUCCUGCUGGAUUCCAGCUCGAUCCCGUGGCCCGCACAUUACAUCACUCUGUCUCGGCCUCCCGCACCAAAGCUAAAGGAGGUCCCAGACUGGUCAGGGCUAUUCGCUAGAUCCCACAGGACUCAUCUCCAGACAACCCAGGGUCAUCACUCGGCUUCGUCCACUCCCCGGAGUCAGCGCGGGAUGUCCGAGGGGGAGGUCACCGUGCUGCCCUUCGGCUCUGCGUCUCUGGACCUGUCCAAGCAGGAGCAGCGCGCGCUGACCAGGCUCUACAGUCAGAACGGGGGGUAUCACCUGAGGAUCUUACCGGACGGAACGGUGAACGGUGGGAGGCAGGAAAAUGACCCCCAUGAUCUCCUACGGAUAAAAGCUGUGAGUGUGGGGGUGGUGGCUAUCAAAGGUGAGAUGACAGGAAGGUUCCUGGCCAUGAACAAAAACGGACGCCUCUAUGGAUCACAAGCACUUAACGAUGAGUGUUACUUCCUGGAGAACUACGAGGAGAACAACUACAACACAUAUCGCUCUCAGAAAUACGGCUGGUAUGUUGCUUUGAAGAGGAAUGGCCAGCCUAAAGUGGGAAAAGACACUCACCAGGGACAGAAGGCCAUCUUUUUCCUGCCAAGGCCCACCGGCUAACAGUCUACACGUAAUCUUAAUACACAAUAUUUAGAGGAGGAAAAUGCACAAUGCCAUGUUAGGGUUAGUUUGAUCUUUCUCCUAACAGUUCAAAUGUUUGACUUAUCAGACUAUUCCAACUCAUGUCAACAGUUUUAACAAAUGUAUCACCAUGCGGAUAAGGACUUUUUAUCCUGACUACGCUUUGCUUAUAAGCACACAUCCUCCCUUUCUACUGCAGGCAGAAAAUAUGUCAAGCAUCAGCAUAUUCCCUUGUUGGUAAAUGAGAGCUCACUUUGAACCCUUGCUUGAAAUACCACUGCUGGGAGAUAGAAAUGGGCGGUGCAAAAGCAAGCAAAGAUAGCCUCACAGUCCAUGGGGUCUGGAGGAAAUACAGCCACCAACAAAGCAAACACAUAACGAUUAUUGCGAAUCAUUUUGCAGACAAUGUUGUUCAAGGUCUGCAGCACAUGGAAGAAUUGCUUAGUAGACUUUUGUUAUGCCUUGCUCAAAUUUUUUUUAUCAGUCAAUAACCUAAAUAUCUCCAUAACUAUAUGCUUAAGAUGGGAUGAUACUUGUCCUCUGAUAACUUGUUUGGAUGAGGUGGUAGUGCCCCUUGUUGGGACUUUUUCAAGCUGAUGUGGUAAAUGAUUUGCUUUGGUACAGUUGAAAACAGCUUCUUUGUUCAAAACCUUCACGAUAACCUUCAUAAUACUGGGGAUGAAGCUGUAUGAUAUGUUCUUUUUGCCUGGCAAGUCUCUGUAAAGCUAAGGUGAUCAUUCUGUGACUGGUACAGUUUUUAUUUUUGCCAUAUGCCCUUUUGAGGUGUGGAAUCAAAUGCUUUUUGGGCAGACGGAGUGUUACUUGAUUCUUUUUAAGGAAGCGGUAACGGACCAAAGAAAGCCAAAUAUCAAAAUUUAAUUUUCUUUUUCAUCUUCACCGCCGCAAAUACACUAUGAUAGUUUACACUGCUAAUGUGAUUAUUUAUUUAAAAUUCUUGCUGCUUUGAAUAUAGAAUUUAACUCUUACUCUACAGAAAUGUUAAGAUUGUAUACAUAUAUACACAGUGAAGGCACAAAAAGGUAACUUGAUCACCUUUUCACAAGUAAUACAUAUUGUAUUUAUUAAAAUGUAUGGAAUAUGGCUUCAUUGUAAAAGAAUAAAUAAACACUUUGAGUAUGUUUAGGUUUUUCACAAAAAAAUAAAUGAACCCC